AGAUAAAAAACGGGACGCUCUCUCCUUCUCCCUCUCUCUCCAUUUUUUCUCCUCCCUUUUUCUAUGGCGGAGCUGUCAAUGACAUCAUAAACGAUUCAACAGAAAAAACCCCACCUCAUUUGAGUAAUUGACUUCUCUCUCAAUUCUGUUUCACACAAUCCGCUAAACCCAAAACCGCCAUCAUUUAUGUCAAGUCACUUUCUUCCCCUGUGAACUCCAUCACAUACAUACAUAUUAUUCACAGAAGAGGAGGUGGUGGUGGCCUUUGUACUUUGUGGGGCUUCUCAUUCUUGAUUCGACUCACGAGGAUUUAAUGCUCUAACCCCUCCAUUCAUCCAUUUCUUGGAAGAAUACAGGGAGGAGAGCGAGGAGCUACGAUUACGUUGGUGGAGUUCUUGAGGGAAAGAAUGGAUGCUUCUGAUCGCAUGGUCAGAAGGAAGAGUAUAACUGAACGGUUGGGAUUGAAGGGGUUCAGCUGUUGUGGGGCCACGUGGGGUCUUGGACCUGCUCAUACUCAUAGUAGCGUUAGUGUGAGAGAUGAUGGUGGGGAGGCUGAGGGAGGAGGUGAACGGCAGCGGGAAAUUGAGGUGAUAGACGUCGGUCAUGCUUCGCCGGAAAAUGGGUCAACGGCGGCGUGCGCCGAUUGUGUCCCGGCAACUUCCGGGAUGAACUUGGCUGCAGCUCUGGCGGCAGAAAGGCAAUUCAGGGCGGCCCAAGAAUUGGUGGGUUUAAGUCCAAGCCCAAUGAGGCCCAUGACUGAGGCUGAUGGGGUAGCUAACGGUGUGGCUGCUGGUGGGACGCCGUUCAGGGUGUCGUUGAUGACACUGCUUGAAGAGACGGACGGUUAUGAUUAUGGGGACUGGGAGAAAGAGGAGAAAGGAGCGGGUUCUGAUUCAGUGUGCUGCGUGUGCAUGGGAAGGAAAAAAGGCGCAGCUUUCAUACCAUGUGGGCACACUUUUUGCCGGGUGUGCUCAAGGGAGUUGUGGUUCAACCGAGGGCUCUGUCCCUUGUGCAAUCGUUCAAUUCUUGAGAUUCUCGAUAUAUUCUAGUGAUGCUGAUGCUCUUUCAUUUUUUUUUUUUUUUUGGAGAUUGGGAAAUGAUGGAUUUCAUCUGAGCAGGGCAAUUUGAUGACGAAAUCCAUGAAUUUUUAGCAGAAGUGAAUGAUGUUCAAUGGAUGACCAGGGCAAUGUAUUCUCACAUCUAUGUAACACACCUAUAAUUCUAUAUCUGUCAAUGAAUUUUACACUACUGUCAUUGCAAAA